AUGGUUUUUUCUACCUUCAAGGGUCGAACGUGGGAGCAGCACCGUAGCUUCACACCCCCCACUAUCUCUCGCUGCGACAUAAGCUGCCCUGUAAAAGGUCCCGGAGGUUUCGAUGUAAAAGUCAUGCUUACUAUCAGGUACCCGAAACUUCAAUUCUACCGCUUCUUUCAUGUCAAGCGAGUCAUCAAUGCCGACGGCAAGUAUGGCAUUUGGCAUACUGUAUGGGCGCCAGAGGCUGUGAAUUCCGGUGACCCCAAAACAUACAGUGGCCAACACAAGCAACAAACACGAGAUAGACUGCAAGAGAUGGAUUGUGCCGCCUAG